AUGAAUGAUCGUUUGAUUGAAUUGUAUAAAGUAAGAGAAUGGUAAUCUAGAUGUCUGGCAGAUAAGAUUCAUUUUAAUUGAACAAUUCCAAUUCUUCUUAAGAUGAUGAUUUUAUGCCUUAAUUCUCUGCUAAAAUAAAAAGGCACAAUAGUGUCUAGAGAAUAAAAGAUAAUACUCUAAGAAUGUAGGAAAUGUCAGAAAAAUAUUCUAGAGCAACUACUUCAUAUGUUGAAAAAGUUAUUCUAAUCUCUGAAAUUGAUUAGAAUUAUCAAGAGAAUUAGAAUAAAUUAUGGUGCAAAAUUAAUAAUUUAGCAAUUAAUUAAAAGAAGCUAUGAA